CUCGCGAUAGUAGCAAGUGAACUGCGGUGGGAUUCGCGCUGUAAUUCGAUGUAAUUCUAACACAACUCGAGCGCGGUAAUUUAAUAUCGCCGUCCGCCCGUUCUUCCCCCUGAUCUUCAAUCGACCGGCAAGAUGUUGACACCGGAUGAGGAUGAUCCAGUUUGUCAAUCUACCCUAACCAUCCCCCGGUGCACCCACACACCCUCUUUCGCAGCUCAUCUCAAACAAACACCGCAGCAUCUUGUCUCUUCUAGCUGACACAUUCUCUCUCUUUCUUUCACUCUCAUUCUCACCUUAGUUUCGACGGGUUUUGCAUUAGAACAUCCAAAUCCCAUCGUGCUGGUUGCGCUCACUCUCCGUUCACAGUUGGCAGCGACCACUUGCGAUUUUUGGUGGGAAAAUUCGUUCCCAUCCAUCGUACGAAUUUGCCAUAUUGGCAAGCACAAAGUUCGGGCCUCCGCUUUUGUUUCGCUCUCCGAUUUGUUUUGGCUUUGUUGCAAAACCCCGGGAGAAGCAAGAUGCACCGAGAGAGAGCAAGAUAUGCACCGCGUCUCUCCUCAGGUGGAUGAUGCGGGUCGGUGUCGUCCGUGUCCGACCACCUACCACCUAUACUCGGCUGCUGCUAGUGGGUAGUGGGCGAACCGAUGUGCUCUCCGGAUGUUACAGAUAGAUUGCGUGCCGCAGCCCAAAGCGAACAGUUUUCCCAUCACCCUGACAACGGUUUUUUUACAUCAUCAUCUGUGUGUUUCUGUGUUUUCGUACACUCUGGGGACAUCUCUGGUGUGCUCUCCGUUGUGUUUGUAAAACGCACCAGCAGCGACAUUGAGCUGAAAAUAAGUGAACCAGCAAGCUGUUUCUGAGUGUUUCACAAUAAGCGUAUUGAACCGGUGUCGACCCGUCCUUGAAGUGUAUACAAAUAUUAUAAAAUUAAACUUAUGGCAAAGUGUUGAUAUCAGACCAGGAGGAAACAAGUCCGAAUGAGAGUUUAACCAACCAAAAGAUAGAUUGAGAAAAAAUGUGUCAAUAAGCUCUGGAGGGUCGGAAAGGCAUCAUGUUCUGCUGCAACACGCUUCUCGCACCGGUCAGCAUAAUAUCCGUGCUCAGCAGCGAUCUUCCAAAUUAAAAGAUGUAUAAUGGAACAAGGCAUUCUAGCAUCAGCUGUACCGACGCCAAAGACUCCAAUCUACCAGCGCUACACAACCGCCCUCCAGAAUGACCCCCGGUGUUCGCAAGAGGUAGCGCUGGGCAGACGCAUCGGCCUGUACCGGUUCUGUGGCGAUAUCGGACGAGGCAACUUCUCGCGUGUCAAGCUCGCUGUUCAUCAAUUAACCAAAGAUAAAGUCGCUAUCAAGGUAGUGGACACCAGUCGUUUAGAUGCUAAGGCGCUGCGCAUGUUGUCGCGCGAAGUCAGCACGCUCGAGUGUGUCUAUCAUCCAUUUAUUCUAAGACUGUUUGAAGUGAUAGAAACAUUGGGAAAGAUUCAUCUCAUCAGCGAAUGGGUGCAAGGCGGCGAACUGUACAAUCGCAUCACGGAGGUUGGCCCGCUCAAGGAACCACACGCUGCACUGCUUUUCCAACAACUGCUACUGGCUGUGAAGCAUCUGCAUAGUUUAGGUUUUGUGCAUCGUGAUAUCAAGGCGGAGAAUGUGCUGCUCGUGAGCGAAGAGCGCAUCAAGCUGGCGGACUUUGGCUUUAGCACGCAGCUGGUAAACGGUCCCUGGCAGCAUUUGGACACGUUCUGCGGUUCGCCCCCGUACGCCGCACCGGAGCUGUUCAGUGACGACCACUACAUUGGCGGUCCGGUCGAUAUCUGGGCGCUCGGCAUACUGCUCUACUUUAUGCUGGAGGGCAGCAUGCCGUUCAAGGCACCGACCGUUCCACUGCUGCGGACGGCCGUGCUCAAGGGCGAGUUUGUCAUCUCGACCAGCCUGAGUGUACCGUGCUGUCGCGUUAUUCAGCGCAUCCUAGUGCAUACACCAUCCCGAAGGCCUACGAUCGAACAGCUGCUCGACUGCCAAUGGUUCCGGUACGCGCAGGAUCAUGCCGGUCGUCUGGGACGAUCGUCGAACCAACCCCAAACCACCGUCGGCCAAACUCGUAACCCCAACAAUGUUCCUAGACGGAGGCGGAAAAAGUUGUUCUGGUUUUUCCCCUCGCCUCGCGAUCGCCUUUCCUCGCCCGAGUCCACCACCUCCAGUCGUGAUAACAACCUUAGUGCUGCCAACAACAAUCAGCGUCACCGUCAUCAUCACCAUCACCACCAGCACAACUCCCAACGGCACCAGCCCAUGUCCUCGUCCACGAAGUCAUCGUCCUCGCGGGACGAGCGGCUGGUGGCCAACCCGCCGGAGAUUCCCAACCUGCGCACGAUCGCUUGCAGCACCAAGCGGGCCGCCAGCGUACUGGAGGAAAACUAUCUGCAUCCGCUCAAGCCGGAUCCGGCGGCUGGCGCGCCCGGCGAGGGGGCGGACACCGGCACGCUCGUUACCGAGCACCACCUGCAUCAUUCCCAUUUUAUCAAGGAUCUAUCCAACGAUGUGUCAAAUAAUAAUAUUGUUAACAGUAACGCUAAUGGUACGAAUAACUAUACGAAUCAGCUCGCCAACGAUGCGACCGGCGGAGCUAACGGGAGUCGUAAGGAGAGCUCGGCCGCUAGCCAGGAGCGGAAGCCGCGUCGCUUUUCCUUCGGCCGCUCGCUCAAGAAGCGCAUCGGACCGAUGGAGUUAGUGUCGGCGGAAAGCCUCACCGGGCCGGACGGUGGGGUGCGGCCUCCGCGUGCAGUGGAUCUGCGCGAAAAGCUACAUCGAACGAUCGACGAGGAGCACGGCCGGUUCGUGAUGUACCCGACGACGGCCGUUUCGUCCGAGGGCAAUCGGCAUCUGCAUCCGCUCGAGACGGAAACGCGCCGGCUUAUGAAAGUGCUCGGCAUUACCGGCGACAUGAUAGCGCGAGCGGUGACGAACGGACCGCGCAGUGACAUUAUCGGCGUGUACCGGAUCGUCAUGCACCGGUUGCAGCGUGAGCAAACCAACGCUCGGCUAGCGUCGACCAAUGGGGGCGCGUACGAGUUUCUCGAGCUGAAAUCAAUCAACGGCACGACGACAUCCGGCUGCAGCUCGGGACGGAGCGGACCGAACAGUGGCGCAGGGCGCAGCACUGCCAACAGUCGGCGACAUAUCGAUCAGAACCGGGGAAGAAUCUGUGCCAUUCUUUAAACACACAAAGCGCUACGGGGAGAAAGGGGGACCUCAUGUCCGGGGCCUACCGCCGUGCACGCGUUACCACACUUUCCCCCAUCAUGUGAUAAUCCUCGUGGGAUUAAUUGGAAGCGGGAAGUUCGACCACUGAUGACCACUGAUGUUACUAACCUAAUCGCCGUGUCUAAUGUGUGUGUGUGUGCCCUUCUCUGCCGUGGAAUGUGGAGGAACACGUACUCGAUGUGUGUGCCCCUGCAGCGGUGACUACCGCACUAGACCACAAACCGUAGAAGAUAGAAGUCAUAUUUUUAGAAGAAAAUAACGUUGUUAACUGUUAGUUCUAGUGUACGUCCUGUGGUAGCUUAACCGGCGGUCAGAAGGCCGCCCCUCCGCCCCGCUUCAAAGAUUACCCGACGCAGCCAAUCCGCGGUAAACGAUCUCGGUGUCUCUCUUUCUCCCAACCCCGAGAUGUGUAUGUGCGGCGGGAGAGUGCAAGGGAAGCAGCUUAAAAGUUUUAUAAAAACCCCCAAACAAAACAAAAAAUACCAAAUCAAACAACAAACCAACCUUAUCUAUAUUCGAACUCGAUGUGCCGAGAACCGACCUCAGGUCUCGGUGGAGCAUGGCCAAUCGCACGCACUGUGCCCUUGUGUAGCUUUAAUAUAUUUAUUUUUGUUCCCAAAACCCCGAUCUAAACCUUCGCGGCAAGUUUUUAGGUAAACACAGAAAAGACAUCGUGCUAUUGUUCCGAAAUAUCUAACCGCAAAAUGCGCUGACGGGGCGCGCGCGUUUCGCGUAUUAAGUUACUUGUGUCUGUUGAUUUUAUUUCUACAAACGGAUGAUCAAAUCAUACUAAAGCUGUACCAUUAUGCAACAUUGAACGUGGUAAAAUAAGGUCAAACCAGAAACAAAUAUACAUCUAUUACAAACAUUA